UGAACUUUAUUUUCAUGUAACUGCCUGGGGUGGUGCAUUUUUGUUAACCCGUCUACAGUUUUCUUUAAGAUAUUGUCGGUGUCAGAAAUUCUCGAUAUCUCCAACUCGACAAGUCAGAGGCGGACGUGAACGUUUUUUUUCCCCACUCGGCUGUUCGUAAUUACAUUUUAAACGAUAUCACAUGAACGCAGCCUAGAAACUACUUCCGUCUGGUUGAGCUUUGUUGUUGGCAUGGCGGCGGUUCAAACUGUUGUCAAGCUUGGGCUAAAAUUUAAAAUGUUAGCCAUUUGCUAUAUUUUAAAUAACAUGCAGUUAGCGAAGUCGUGCGCGUAGCUAAUUUAUAAUCCCUAUACAAACGGAUAAAAAUAGUUAUAAGAGAAGUCGAAAUGGUGGAAUGGAUGAUUUUGGGAUUAACUUGACGUUGGCAAACCUCAAUUCAAAAGCAUAGUUUGCUCGCUAAUGCUAACUCUCUUUGGCAUUACAUAUGUUGUUUUGUUUGACAGAACUUGGUGAUUGUUUUUACCGUAAUUACUGCACAGUUCACGCAGAAUGGUCCCACGAUUUCCGUAGGUCAGGAAAGUCAAGGGAGAGACUGGGUUGUUUUAGGUUCAACCCGAAACCGCGGCGAUUUAACCACUGGGAUGUCGCAAACCAAGCUAUUGUUCAAUGAAGCCAUCCCUGCAAGCGCCAGCAACCGUGCCACUCGUGUACGUCUGCCAGCACCCAUUGUGAUCGAGAAGCUGCUGCCACUGUCAGAGGAGCAUGAGAAUGUGGACAGCACUAGGAGCUCCAUCAGUUUCACCGCGCUGUCUGAGGACAGGCUGCAGGCUGCUGUUAAGCUGGCCAAGCGAGAUCUGAGACGAAGGCGCCUUGAGUCAUUGAUAAAAUCCCCAGCCAAACCGUCUCAAGAGACCUCCCUCCUUGAAACAAGUGAUGCAGAGCUGCUUCAGGAGCUCGCAGCCACUCCAAAUAAGACAAAGUUAAAGGCCUCCAGUCCGAAAGAGAAUACGGCCCAUCCUGGAGCAAAACAAACAUCCCAGAAGCGUCACAUUUCUCCAAAGCCACGGGGUGGCCAGUCACCUCCAACCAGAGACCCUGGCCCAAGGCAGCUGGGAGGAGGCAAACAGGCUCCUUUAAGCCAGGAAAUCCACAAGCUACAAAAUGAGCUAGAAGUGUAUAUUCAGAAAGUAGAAGAGCUAGCCUACAGAGGGGAAAAAAAGGAGCAGCCACUGGAGCCCGAAGAGCAAAACAAGUUGGAGAUACGCAGAAAGAAGCAGGCAGCCCGAUCAGCACGCAGCAUCUAUGUUCUCCAGCAACAGGUAAAAGAGGUACAGGAAGAUAUAGAGAAACUACGAAGCCAGAAAAUGUGGGACACCAAAAAGUCCACUGCAGUAAACAGGCUUGCAGCUGCCCACCGUGGGGCACUCAGGGCCUUACAGGUUGUCAUCCACCAGCUUUCAGAUCGAUCUCAUAGCAAGGUACCUCCUCAUUACAAAGAGCUGGGCCAGCUGAUUCGCCAGCUCUCUUUGUGUUCAGCUAAGGUCGAAGUGGGCCAGGGUUCAGCUGUGCCUGAGACAGCCCUCGACAUCCUGCAGAAACUAGAGACUUUGGAUUCUGCCCUCAGUAAACAAGAGGCACUCGAAAAAAUACAUGCCCAAACAUGCCCUCCACACAGGACGUCUCCCCAUCACAACGUGUCACCUACCAGUGUGCUCAAGGGUCCCGACACCUCAACUGUUCGAGGACCUCGCAAACCUGCAAAUCCCAGAAGAGGUGUCCGUGCCGGUAGGAGAAUGGCCCCACAGAAACCCAGAACCGCUUCUCACCAGCCCAUGAACAGAAGAGAGGUGUUGAGGGCCGGCCUCGAGAGCCUCGCCCAGCAGAGGGAGCUGCAGGGACGACCUCAGACAAACACCAGCUGGAGAAAAGGACUACACUCUGAGAGGAGGAAGGCUGACAUUAUAUUGAAGCGUAAUCAGAUGCGAGAUGCAGGCUUCCAGCAGCCUACAGUCUCCUCUCGGCUCAGAGAGAACGAGCUCCCUCAAAAAGAGCACUCUGUGCCCUGGAUACCUACAUCGCCUCACUCUCCUCCUCCACAGCGCAGGUCCCCUCAAAGGGGGAGACCAGAGCCUCGAUGUCUCUUCUCUCCAGUGAAGCCCUCACCGAGCCCUCCAAAGCAGGAGGUGGCUGGUGGUUUUGGAGCAGAGCCUGUCCUGAGCUCUGAAAAGAAGAAACAAGCUCAGAAUGAAGCACUAAGGAAAGCCUGGUUGGAUAAGAUGACGAUGCAGAGGUUGAGGGAGCUCAACCGGCUGAGUAAAGAAGAGGCUGAACGCAUUCAGAGAUUAAGGUCUGAAGUGGUUUCGCCAACUCAGUGGGCAGAGAGAGCUGAGCAGAAGGCCAGAGAGAGAAUUCAGCCCCUGCUAGAUGAGGCACAGAUUGGAAAGUCCAGGAACAGGAUCAGCCCCUCUCUGAGAAAUCGGCUGUCUGAGCAGGCUGCAGAGAGGGCAGCAGAGACUGCCAAGCAGCUGAGUGAUGCCCUGCUGGAAGAUCUUUUAGAGGACACUGCACGGGUGGUGUGUGAAGCUGAGACAGACAGACGGCUGGAGGGCAUGGCCCAGUGUAGGCUGCAGGCGCCCACCCUGGAGAGUAUGCUGCUUCGUAUGGAGGAGAUACAGAAGGAUCAGGAGGAAGUGAGGAGACGGUUUGCUUCUAUCACCUAUUCAGACUCUAUUUACUGCGACGAGCCAGGAGCAGCAGGAACCCAGUGGCAUGCUCUGGGCUCAAGGCCAGCCGCUCCACAGCCAAUUAGACUUACCAGGCCAGUGCUAGAGCAGACCUCUGCAGUUGAUAUUGUCCUAGAAAAACCGGUGGAGACUGGUUUUCUGUCUGAGAACAGCCUAAUAGAAGACGCAUCCCAAGAUGAGCAGCAGCCAAGAAACAACACCGUGUUCCCGGGCCCAGUGGAGAGAAGCAGGGGGACUGUUAUCUCUGUGCCAGGCAGCAUGCUGGGUAACAUCCGGCGGUACCGGGAAGACUACGAGGCCUACCUGCGUGUUGUGGCUCAUGAGGCUGUUGGAAGCUUCAACCCCUGGGCCAUCGCAAACAGCCUGGCAGAGGAGCUGCUGUCGGAGGCUCUGGCUGACGUGGCGGCAGAGUUUCAGGACGUUGUGGAGGAGUACGCCGAGGCCGUCUUCACUUCAGAGUUUCUUCAGCCGAUCCAGUCGCCUCCUGGUCCAGCUGCAAAAUUGGUCAGCCAGUAGGAUGUUACAAGCAUCUUGGAUGUAGCAGUUUCUUACUGAUUACUAUAAUAAGGUAUUUAUUUUGGUGGAGAAUCUGCAUUUUCAGACCAGGUUCAUUUUGUUGAAAAGGGACUAUGAUUCUUUUAUUUUUCUAUAGUUUUGCAAGUUUCACAAGCAGUUAUUUCAUGUUCGAAUGGAACUCUUAUUUUGUUAAUACACGCAGAUCUGAAAACGUGUAGAUAGAUCACUACUUUGAUGUGGCAACAUAUGACUUUAUUUAAUUGGGAUUGUAGAUAUUUUUUAAUGACGCUACAGCAGAUGAGAUUGUUGAAUUGCACGUGGAGCAUUAGUCACAUUACUCUUUAUGGUCCAUCUGUAUCUGUGAUUGAAUUCCUCUGGGAAAGUUAGUUUAGUUUAGAUAAACCUGGAGAGACCAUCAUGACAUUACAGAGGAUUAUAAGAUUACCGCCCUCCCCUUGCACUGGUUUUAAAUCUCCCUGAGGAUUACUCACACUUUCUAUUUUCAUGUUGGAAUAUGGAAAUAAAUUAAUUGCAUACGGUCUCUACCAAAUUGAUGCAGGAUAAGAUCAUGCGUUUAAUCUACUGUAGCAUGAUUUCCUCCUUUGCUUUAAUUGCUAAAUAAAGGGUGUAAACACAGUAAAGGGCUUUAUUUCCACUCACUGGUUAAUGUAUAACACCAGUAAGUUAUAUCGACUGUGACGAGAUACAGGACAGGAGAGGUAAGAGUAACGUGUGUGGACAUGAAGUCUUUUCUUUUUAGGGUUUAUUUUUUAUUUUAUUUUCAAUACAUUUCUUAAUUUCUGUUCAUUUUUGUCACAGAGCCAGAUAAAAUAUGCCCCCCUAAUAAAUAUACUGUUGGUACUGACCAACUAAAUCCUGCAUAAUCAUGGUGAUAAGUGUCAGUUCUGCAUGCAAAAUAAAACAGACCUGGCAGACAAAGAAAAUGUCUGGGUCCCUGGAGCACUACAUGAAAGCCAUGAAGACAGAGCAGAGGGGACACAUCCAGAUGUUGCGCUGGCCUGCGGGGACCAGCCUUUGACAGGGGACAUACAGUGACUGAAUGAAUUAGUUCACAUUGAAUCAGCUGGCCCUAUUUUCUCUCAGGCUGGGUUGUGUGUGGGCGUCUGAAUACGUGCAGGCUUUCACACGCUCGAGCACAGUGCAAAUUUCUUCUUUUUCGAUCUAGGACAAAUAGAACUCGGUAGUCUCUAUAAGCAAGCGGAGUGUUGUUGUCUUCACACUGACA